UACAUUCUUAAUUAGUUUUGGAUUAUUAAUUAUGGCUUCUAAUAGUAAUAAUAGUAACAAUAAUUCUAACACUAACAAUUCAAAUUCUACAAAAGAAAAUAUCAAAUUAGAAGACAUUGACUUUGAGUUUCUUCCUCUUGUUUAUGACAUAAUAAGAAGUAUUGAGAAAGAGCUAAAUGAAGGCAAUUCUGUUGGACAAAAGGCUGUUCAUCGGGAACAAACUGAAAUUCCUGCCAAGAUGCAAUUGCUUAAUGAUAAGUUUAAAAAGUGUCGUGAACAAUUAAUGAAAAUUGAGGGAAUUGAUAUAACAAAGGAACAACAAUUAAAACAAUUGGAGACUUUAAGUAAACAAUUGGAAAUGAAGAGACAACUUCUAUCACAAUAUAAACAUUUCUCACCCAUGGAAACAUCUAAUCAAAUGCAUACAUAAUUUUCCAAUCAAAGAUUUUUUUGCUUUUCAUCAAUCAAAUCAAUCAAUAAUCAAUUCCUGGAAAUCAAUCA